AGCCAGCCAGCCAGCCGCCCUCUCUACCCAACCCACCCCACGAGCCGCACCGCACAGCGAGCGCAUCGGAAAGAGAAAAUUUCAAAAGCGGGGGGAGGCCGCCACCGCCGCGCCAAUUCGUUCGAGCACACGCCGGAUUCCCUUUCAACGGCCGGCGCCCCCCACCCCGCGCCCGCCCGCCCGCCCGCAGAUCUAUCCGUCUAUAUUAACGCCGCGACAAUUCUCUCCUCCGAUCCGAUACCGCCCACCACGCCACGCCACGCGACACAGAUCCUGCCUCUGCCCGCACGCGGAUCGGCGGCGGCGACGACGAUGUCCGCGGCGCCCCACUCUUCGACAGCCGUGGAGACGCCGACGGCGACGGCGGUGGCGCCGGCGCCCCUCCCGCGGCUUCCGAACCCGCUGCCGCUGCCGCUGUUCGCCGAGCGCGGCGGGGGCGCGAGGCUACGCCACCACGCCUACAGCCGCAAGCAGAAGUCGCUCGGCCUGCUCUGCUCCAACUUCGUGGCCCUGUACGACCGGGACGGCGUGGAGUCCAUCGGGCUGGACGACGCAUCCAGGCGCCUCGGCGUCGAGAGGCGCCGGAUCUACGACAUCGUCAACGUGCUCGAGAGCGUCGGGAUCCUUGCGAGGAAGGCCAAGAACCGCUACUCCUGGAUAGGCUUCGGAGGGGUCCCGAUGGCGCUGCGAGAGCUCAAGGAGAGGGCAUUGAGAGAGAAGUCUGGCCUGGCUCCUCUGCCAGUGGAGGAGCUAUCUGCUGCCAAUAUGUCCGAUGACGAGGACGAUGAUAAGCUGGGUGAUCCGGAGGCCGAAACAGAGGGUGACAAGCUGAGCCAGACUGUUGACAAUCCUUCUGACAUGCCUGAUGCACCUCCCUGCCGGCUUAGAUCUGAUCAUAGGAAGGAGAAGUCUCUUGGGUUGCUCACUCAAAAUUUUGUGAAGCUGUUCCUCACCAUGGAGCAGGUUAGCACGAUCUCACUUGAUGAAGCUGCAAAGUUCCUCCUUGGGGAAGGCCAUGAGGAGUCCAAUAUGAGAACUAAAGUCCGGAGAUUAUAUGACAUUGCUAAUGUGCUGUCUUCACUGAAGCUCAUUGAAAAGACACAAGUGGACACAAGGAAGCCUGCAUUCCGGUGGUUGGGCAUGGCGGGGAAACCAAAAGCAGAAAAUGGUGUCACGGUUGUUGCAUCCCCAGCAAGGAAGACUCUGUCAAACAAGAGAGUCUUUGGAACUGAACUCACUAACAUUGGUAUAAAUAGAAGCCAGCUGGAACCAACAAUCCAGAAGAAAGCGAAGCUGGCACAGGGCGGUGCUGAUAUCUUGAAGAGCUACAACGUGGCCGCGCAGAAGCAGCCCGGGCAGGUUAACAAGAGUGGUUUUGUUUAUGGGCCUUUCCACCCUUCUUGUGCAAGAAAACAGGAGCCUGAUGACUGUAAUAAUUGGGAGAGCCUUGCCGAUUCAUUUCGACCGCAGUACCAGAACCCAGAUGUUAAUUUCUGAUAGGAAAAUACUUGUCGUUGAUUGUGCUGGAAAUAGGAAUUACAGUAUGACUAGCAAUCUAGCUGAAGUUACAGCAUGAGGCCUACUGCAUUUGCCCUGACACGCCUUUGGUUGCUGUGCUUCUUAUUUGCCAUGCAUACUUGAGGAGCAGAAAUAUGCCAUAUAAAGUGAAUCAUGUUAUUCGUAAUCAACCUUCCAAAUGAAACUAUCAUGCUGUAUUUGUAGUGUGUGAUGCUUAUUUGAAAUAUGUAAGAAAUACUAUUACAGUUGCUACACUCAUACUAGAUUUCACGGCUGCUCAUAAUUUGGUAUCUGUAAUAUUUUAGUUGGUGUUAGUUAGUAGACUCGGUCUAUGCAAGUGGUAGUUCCCUGAAUAAUUUCUAGCACAAAAGAAGUUGCACAUAGCUCCAUACAUAUAUGAAUAUGCAUAUCUAUGUGAUUUUGGAAAUCAUGCUAGAUUCAUAGAAAUAGCAUGGGAGCUGCUCUCUGACUCUCUGGAAGCAAGUUCAAUGUUUUUUCGACUAUAGUAUUUACUGGCCAAUUCUAUUAUUUUCCAUCAAUUGCAGCGCUCUGACCUCUUUGAGAAUUUCUCAAGGGAAAAAGCUUGUAGUUGACAUUUUCAUGUGGUUCUGUUGCUUGAACUUCCAGGCAUUGGAUCAGUAUGAGACAUUGAAUCUUCUCCGUUAUAAUGUAAAAAAACUGACAGUUUUUGUCCCAUCUUUUUUUUUUCUGA